AGUCCCGGAUGAGAUUUGGCAACGUGCGCUACAGCCUCUCUAGUUUCGCGCUGAAAAGUAGCAACAAUAACCGAGUGAAAAACAAACGCGUGCAGAGCUGUCAGCGGUGUCGGGGGAAUUUUUACAACGAGCAAUAAUUAAAUACUUAAGUUAAAGCAAGUCAUUAGAGUUGUGCUGUGUGCGCAUAGCGAGUAAAACAAACCCAGUUGCAAUGUUAAAUGUGCUAACUUUAAGCACGCAAAGUCGCCGACGUCGGCGUCGCAGUUCGCAUUGUGUAUAAUAAAAUUGGCGAAAGGCGAAAUGAAUUGAGCAGGAUCCAAAGAGCAGGAGGCGGAGGCGCUGGGGGCGGGGCAGCCAGGAGCGGCAGGAUACGAUACUAGAAAGCAGAAGCGAAGAUGUGCGCGCACAAUACAAAAAAUUACAAAGCAUACUUUUGGGAGCGGCAAAUGGCCAAAAUCAACAGAAGCAGCAAAAGCAACACCAACACCAACGCCGAGGCUGCGACGCCAGCAGAGGCAGCAUCUCUAAGCCCGAAAACAAAAACAAAAACAAAGCCAGCAACAACAGCAGCAGCAACAACAGCGAUGUCACCGUUACAACGGAACCUACUCAAAUAAGCAAUAGGUUAGAGCAAGAGGGCACGCGAGCGCCACGAGAGAGCCCCGAAAGCGAGAGAGGGAGCGAGAAAGGUCCGGGAAAAUGGCCAACGCCUUGCGUGGGUGCAGUAAAAAGGAAAAGCAGCGGAUGAGGCUCAACUAAGAGACAAGCCAAGCACAGAGAGAGAAAGCGAGCGACAGCGAGCAUCGUAACUCGCACAGCUGCAAAGUAGAUAAAAUCACGUAUACGCCAUGGAGCCGGUCAUGAGUCUGGCAUUGGCCGCCCAUGGCCCGCCCAGCAUACUAGAGCCGCUGUUUAAGACCGUAACCACGAGCACAACGACCACCACGACCACGACGACCAGCACGACGACGACGACGGCGAGUCCUGCAGGGUACUCGCCAGGAUACCCGGGCACCACCCUCCUGACCGCCCUGUUCGAGAACCUGACGUCCACGGCGGCCAGCGGGCUAUACGAUCCCUAUUCGGGAAUGUACGGAAACCAGACCAACGGCACCAUGGGCUUCGAGACGAAGGGCCCGCGGUACUCACUGGCCUCCAUGGUGGUCAUGGGCUUCGUGGCGGCGAUUUUGAGCACGGUGACAGUGGCGGGCAAUGUCAUGGUGAUGAUAUCCUUCAAGAUCGACAAGCAGCUCCAGACGAUCAGCAACUACUUCCUCUUCUCGCUGGCCAUCGCGGACUUCGCCAUCGGCGCGAUAUCGAUGCCGCUCUUUGCGGUGACCACAAUCCUGGGCUACUGGCCCUUGGGUCCCAUUGUCUGCGACACCUGGCUGGCCCUGGACUACCUGGCGUCGAAUGCUUCGGUGCUGAACCUGCUGAUCAUCAGUUUCGAUCGGUACUUCAGUGUCACUCGCCCGCUGACGUACCGCGCCAAGAGGACCACCAAUCGGGCGGCGGUGAUGAUUGGCGCCGCCUGGGGCAUCAGCCUGCUCCUCUGGCCGCCCUGGAUCUACAGCUGGCCCUACAUCGAGGGCAAGCGCACGGUGCCCAAGGACGAGUGCUACAUCCAGUUCAUCGAGACCAACCAGUACAUCACCUUCGGCACGGCACUGGCCGCCUUCUACUUCCCGGUCACCAUCAUGUGCUUCCUCUACUGGCGCAUCUGGCGCGAGACGAAAAAGCGGCAGAAGGACCUGCCCAACCUGCAGGCGGGCAAGAAGGACUCCAGCAAGAGAUCGAACAGCAGUGAUGAGAACACGGUGGUGAAUCACGCCUCCGGCGGCCUGCUGGCCUUCGCCCAGGUGGGCGGCAACGACCACGACACCUGGCGACGUCCGCGCUCCGAGAGUUCGGCGGACGCGGAGAGCGUCUACAUGACCAACAUGGUCAUCGACUCCGGCUACCACGGGAUGCACUCGCGCAAGUCAAGCAUCAAAAGCACCAAUACAAUCAAAAAAUCGUACACCUGCUUCGGCAGCAUCAAGGAGUGGUGCAUUGCGUGGUGGCACUCCGGUCGCGAGGACUCCGACGACUUCGCCUACGAGCAGGAGGAGCCUUCUGAUUUAGGGUAUGCAACACCAGUAACAAUUGAAACUCCUUUACAAAGCUCCGUCUCCAGAUGCACCUCGAUGAACGUGAUGCGGGACAACUACUCGAUGGGCGGCAGCGUGAGCGGCGUGCGUCCGCCCAGCAUUCUCCUGUCGGAUGUCUCGCCCACGCCGCUGCCACGCCCACCGCUCGCCUCCAUUUCGCAGCUGCAGGAAAUGAGUGCGGUUGCGGCGAGCACGACGGCCAAUGUGCAUCCCACUGGCAAUGGCAAUGGCGCCAUCAACAUCAACAACAACAACAACAACACCAGCCACAACGGCAAUGGCGCAGUGAACGGGAGUGGGGCCGGAAACGGAAGUGGAAUCGGACUGGGAGCGACCGGAAAUGCGACGCAUCGCGACUCGCGCACUCUGCCCGUCAUCAAUCGCAUUAACUCACGGUCGGUGAGCCAGGACUCCGUGUACACGAUACUCAUCCGCCUGCCAUCCGACGGAGCAUCCAGCAAUGCGGCCAACGGAGGAGGGGGUGCCGCCGGUGCCGCUGGUGCCGGGGCAGCUGCCUCCACAGCCUUGAGCCUGCAAGGCGACUGUGCGCCCUCCAUCAAGAUGAUACACGAGGACGGGCCCACGACGACGACGCCGGCGGGGGCACCUCCUUUGGCAAGCGCCGCAGCCACCCGACGACCUUUGCCCUCGCGGGACUCUGAGUUCAGCCUGCCACUCGGACGGAGGAUGUCCCAUGCUCAGCACGAUGCCAGGCUACUCAACGCCAAGGUCAUACCCAAGCAGCUGGGCAAGGCUGGGGCCGCGGCAGCGGGUGGCGGAGUGGGCGGGGCCCACGCGCUCAUGAACGCCCGCAAUGCGGCCAAGAAGAAGAAGAAAUCGCAGGAGAAGCGGCAGGAGUCGAAGGCGGCCAAGACACUGUCGGCCAUCCUGCUGAGCUUCAUCAUCACGUGGACCCCGUACAACAUCCUGGUGCUGAUCAAGCCGCUGACCACCUGCUCCGACUGCAUCCCCACGGAGCUGUGGGACUUCUUCUACGCCCUGUGCUACAUCAACUCGACGAUCAACCCCAUGUGCUACGCCCUGUGCAACGCCACCUUCCGGAGGACCUACGUCCGGAUCCUCACCUGCAAGUGGCACACCCGGAACCGCGAGGGCAUGGUGCGCGGCGUCUACAACUAGAUAAUUAAUACUUAAUCACCCAUCAUCUGGCCGGUUAACUACUAGUAGUUGCAAUAAGUGUUGUGUGCUAGAAUUUUGGGAGGCAGUAAAACCAAAACUAGGCUUAGGAUUACCCAUUGACAAGCAGUACUGAUUUUUUGAUGUCUAGCCCCCGACUAUAUACACGCAUCACCAUUUCGAGAGGGUUGCCCCAAAUAAUUAUUGCCAGAACUGAGGUUUCGCGGUGUGAAAAUAAGUUUUAAGACAGUUUCAGAGGCGACUUCUGCGGUUCUACCUUGACAUAUUCCACCCACUUACCUCUUCCAGGCCCAGUUAGACCCAUGAAGCUCGACCAGCUGCUUCCAUUCAAGCCAAAGAUCUCAUUAAGGUGUCUUUAGACUAAUUCCCCAGGCAACCCUCCGCAGCACCUGAUCACAACAGAAUUAUCACGAUGAUCACGGUCCCAGGAGGCGGAGGAGAUUCCAUUUUGUUAGCGUUUACGUACUGUUAGGUAGGCACAUGCUCGAUGCAGAAGAAUUUAAUACAAAUAUAAUGGAU